GAGAAAGUGUCCACGUCACCUAUUUAAUUCAGUCCAAUGAGAACACAUCAUACAUCCACGUCGAUCCUUCAUUUCCUCUGAUGGGCUUGAACCGAACUCGGUCUCUGGAAACUCAACGUAAAUCAGAGAAAGUCUCCUCGAACAUCGUCUCUUCGCUUCUCAUUUGUUAUCUCUUCACCUUCCCUUUUGUUCAAUGUAUUUGUUUUAAUUCUGUCAUUAUUGUUAAUCCCAUUGGAUCGAGAUUCCAUGGCGAUGUCUCCCUUCCUUCCUCUCAGAUCUAUAAAUGUGAGCGGGUUGAGAGCACGAUGGAUAUUCAGUUUAUCAUUUUAUUGAGCGUAGACAGAUUCUCAAAAGUUUCUUUCUCUGCCGCUGUUGUUUCCGCGUUUGAUGCUCUCCUCCUCGGUAGAUCUGGCCAGUCUCAUAAGAUUCUGGGAGGCUCUCCCUCUCUCUUUGAUCAUCUUUUUACCAGGAAUCUAGGCUCCAGGGGGAGUUCUGCUCUCAUGCCAACCAUAGAAGGCAUAGCCGUACACAUCGGCGUCCGAGAAAGCCUGAAAAGGAUUCCAGCAAAGAGAUGGAACCUCUAGGAGACUUUUGGGAUAAGGUAGGUCUCACUCUAUCCGUAGACGAGUCCAAGUCAUGUUCAGGUUAAUAAGCGUAGACGCAUCAAUAGUUUCAAGAGGAGGGAUGCGAAGAGAUUAGUGAUGUUUCGUCUAUGUUAGUUAAAGACCAUGUAUUAAGGUUCCUUGAUUGACAUAGAUAAGUACAUAUGGUUACUUCGUCAGCUCUAAAUGGAAGGGAAAUCAUGGUGGUCACUAAUUCUCUGCAGGAUCUUUUUCAUGUAAUAUAUUGUCAUUUUGUUCAUCUGUGUUGUUGGAGAGUUAUAUUUAUUCUACUAGGUGUUGUAGAAUGUUUUUGGGGCUAUCAUCAUUGAAGACUAGCUCCACGCGGUACAUGUAAUAUGUGGAUAUCUGUGGUCUUGAGUGAUUCUUACAUAUAGUAGGUUAGGUGUUUAUGGGUUUUGUU